AGACGUAGUAGUAGGUUAUGUUUCCUUUAUUUAUUAAAAAUGUAAUUAUAACAUAAAUUAUAGGGUCUCUUAUUUCGAAAUUAACAAUGACAACAUCCCCCGUUAGAACCAAACAAAAAUUGUCAUUGCGGAAGCGACUGUUUGUUAAGAAAUCACCAAAAGUCGGCUGCUAUGUUGAUACUGAUUCCAAUGACGAAUUUAACCAGCCUACGUCGAGACCAAUUUCUCCUGCUGAUCCUUUCCUAGCCCAAAGUGCUUAUAACGCGGAGUUGAGCGGUGAACAUGCGGAUUCCCAACGCAAUUCAGUUGCGGAACAAAUUGGCAAUAGUUCAAGUCACAAGUUAAAUACUACACAAAAUGAAGACGAAAACAAUCCUAAAUGCUGUCGCACCUUCUUCCGAAAGUCACGUCCAAGAAGUCUGGUUGAAGGUCAAUCCUCUAAAGAAGAAUCUUAUUCAAAACCAUGUAGUCCAGUGAAUAAUUCUAGUAACAGUUUAAGUGAUCAGACCAUGUCUUGUAGUCAAACAAAAUCUGAAGAAAUACCGAAAGUGACUGUGAAAUUUCCAAAAAGUGAUGAUGUAAAAAAAUAUUUUGAACACUCUGGUUCAUUUGAAGGCAUCAAACCAAAAAAUAAGUUAUUUGUUAAAAGACUAUCAGCUGAUCAUUUAAUAUCUAAUGAAUCAAAACCUUUUUAUCGUUCAUCAUCUCCUGAAAGCGACAGAAGCAGUUCCCUGGACCGUAAAAGAAGAACCAAAUCUACAAUAACUAGAUCAACUUCUCGUGCUGGGAGUACUGAUAGUCUGGCAAGAAACUCUUUAUUGGCUGCACAAGUAUUACGCCUCAUACCAACACAGGAAGCAAGAGAAAGGAAUUAUCUCUAUGGCAGACUUGCCUCUCAUUCAUUGUUGGGAGCGGCAGAGUUAGAACAUGUUUUUCCAGACAGAGAAGUCAAAAUAUUUGUUGGCACAUGGAAUAUGAAUGGACAAGCACCCCCUAGGGAGUUGGCAGAUUUCAUAUUUCCAAACCAAGUGAAACAUGUACCGGACAUAUUUGCUAUUGGUACACAGGAAUCAUUCUCUGAGAGAACAGAGUGGGAAAUUACAAUCCAAGAAGUUUUGGGACCUUCUCAUUUAUUGCUACAUUCAUAUUACCUUGGUACAAUCCACCUAACUAUUUUUAUAAGGAGAGACCUAAUUUGGUUCUGUUCAUUACCAGAAGAUGCCAGUCUUUCUGUGCGACCAGGCACAGCUUUCCGCACAAAAGGUGCAGUUGCCAUUUCAUUUGCAUUAUUUGGCUCUACAUUUUUGUUUGUAACGGCACAUUUGACAGCCCAUCAAGAGAAAGUGAAAGAACGAGUGUCCGAUAUAAAAAGGAUAAUAAGAUCUAUUGACCUUCCGAAGAAUUUACCCUGCAGGCACAGGAGUAAAGAUGUUACUAGUAAUUUUGACUAUGUGUUCUGGUGUGGAGAUCUCAAUUUUAGAUUGGGUGAACCAAGAGCGGCUGUGUUACGCUGGAUCGAGCAAACCCAAUUCCCUCUCCCGCCUUACUUACCACAUGGUCUCCUGCACGCGGACCAAUUAACAGCAGUGUUGGAGGACGGCGCUGCUUUUAGAGAUUAGGAGGCCCCAAUUACUUUUCCUCCUACAUAUAAGUAUGAUCCAGGUAGCCAACAAUUUGAUACUUCAAGCAAACAGAGAGCGCCGGCGUAUACGGACAGAAUUUUGUAUAAAGCUAAAAGUAUGACGGGGAAUUCAUCAUCUGCUUUUUCGGGCUUGCGUAGAAUCAGCAGCGUGCCAGCGGCAUCGGGUCUGAAGUGUAUGGCGUAUAACUCGGUGCAGUCGGUGUGUACCAGCGAUCAUAAACCCGUCUGGGCGCUGUUCUCUGCGGCGCUAAGACCGGGCACUGAUGUGGUACCAUUGGCAGCGGGCUUGUUCAAUCGGGAGGUGUAUCUUGAAGGGAUCAAACGUCGACGCGCCCUCCUCGACCACGCCCCAGGCACCUCCGCGGUAUGCACUCUACAAUAAUUCUCAAAAUAGUAUUCUAUUGAAUCAAAGCCUCGUUUCCACCAAUAUUAUAUGUUUUAAAUGUUAUCUACUACUAUUGUAGAAUAUUUGUUUCAUACAACUCUAUUUUUUUUUUGUUCCAAUAAACACUAGAAUGAAUACUGGAAGUAUUCCCGUAUAUAUCUAUUGAUCCUGUCUUUGGUAGAAACGGGGUAUUGUUCUACAUUGGUCAAACUUAUUCGGUGAUAUUACAGAUGGAUUACAAAAUUCAUAUAAGUAACUCUUAAUAAUAGCUUAUAAUUCAUGAAAUAGAUGAUUGAUAGAAACAAUAAGUAAAUUUCUAUGAUAUUUGUACAAGAAACAUUUUUAUAGAUUAUGUAUAAAAGAGGUAAUUUUUAUUUCAAUGUUCUUUGUGGACUCUAAUAUGUGGGAUUGGAACAAUAUGCAGGAUACAAACAUAAUGCAUUCCCAAUAGUUUAUAAUAAAAUAAUAUAAUAGGAAUGGCUCUAAUUCGAGGAACACCAAAAAUAU